AUGGUCGAAAUCAGCAUACAGAAGCGCCCGCUCUCUGGCGUGGAGCUCGAGUCUGCUCAGCGCAAGUUCUUCCGCAAAACCGCACGCGGCAAGGUGCUCAAGGUGCUCCGCGAGCGCUACCUCCGCGACGACAUCGCCUGCGGCUCUCGCGCAUGCCAACGAUGCCAUCAUCUCCACGCCGACAUGCAGAAACAGGCCCAGGAUGCCGGCCUCCAGAAGAAAAUCUUCCUCGAUCCCGCCGGACUCAAGAACAAAAAGGUGGACCGAAACCACUACCUCGUGCUCGACACCAACGCCUUCCUCCACCAGAUGGACCUCAUCGAGAAUCCGAGCUUCACAGACGUCAUCGUGCUCCAGACCGUCGCCGACGAGGUGCGCCACAGGAGUCUCCCGCUCUUCAACCGCCUCAAGAACCUCAUCGCCGACCCGGAUCGCAGGUUCUGGGUGUUCUACAACGACUUUGGCCGCGACACCGCCGUGCUGCAGGACCAAGACGAGUCGCCCAACGAUCGCAACGACAGGGCCAUCCGAGUCGCUGCCAAGUGGUACCGCACCCAUCUCAUGGCCUCCACAGGUCCCGGCUCCUCCACCAAGGCCAACCUCGAUGUGCUGCUCAUCAGCGACGACCAGGACAACGUGCAGCGCGCGCUCAACCACGACAUCCGCGCCAUGUCCGUACGCGACUACAUCGAGGGCCUCGACAAUGCCGACCAGCUCCUCGACCUUCUCGCCUCCCGCUCCGUCGUAGCCGGCUCCGGCGGCAGCGACAAGCGCGCCGUGCUCUACCCGGAGCAUCUGCCCCAGAACCAGCUCAUGGCCGGCAUCAAGUCCGGACAGCUCCUCCAGGGCUUCUUCAACGCCAAUCCGUACAACUACCUCGAAGCCACCGUGCGCGCCGGCACGCUCACCCGCCCCAUCCUCCUCGUCGGACGCGAGGCCAUGAACCGCGCCGUCGACGGCGACAUCGUGGCGGUGCAGAUGCUGCCCAAGGACCAGUGGAAGGCCGCCACCGAGGAAGUCAUCGACGCCGACGCUGCACUCAAGGACGACGACGCCGAGGCCGGCGACGGCGAAGGUGUAGCUGACGACGACAUCGAAGCGCGUCUGGCCAGGAAAGAGGCAGCGGAUGCCGAGGCCAACGCACGCUCGGCACGCGGCGAGCCGCAGCCCACGGGCAAAGUGGUGGGCAUCGUGCGUCGCAACUGGCGCUCGUACGUGGCGCACGUCGACGCCAACUCGGUCAAUUCAUCGGCGCUCUCGAGCCUGGGUGCGCAGACCGUGUUCGCCACGCCCGUCGACCGCAAGCUGCCGCGCAUCCGCAUCCGCACACGCCAGGCGCGCGAGCUCAUGGGCCAAAAGAUCCUCGUGGCGCUCGAUGCGUGGCGGCCCGUAUCGCGCUAUCCGGACGGCCACUUUGUGCGCGCGCUCGGACAGGCCGAGUCCAAGGAGGCCGAACAGGAGUCGCUGCUGCUCGAGCACGAUGUGCCGUACCGGCCGUUCAGCAAGGCGAUCCUCGACUGUCUGCCCGCCGAGGGCGACAGCUGGGUGGUGCCGCCCAAGGAUAUGACGCACCGCGCGUGGCGCGACCGCGUCGACAUGCGCGACGAGAUCAUAUGCUCCAUCGACCCACCGGGAUGCCAGGAUAUUGACGAUGCGCUGCAUGCCAAGCAGCUGCCCAACGGCAACAUCGAGGCGGGCGUCCACAUCGCCGACGUUUCGUACUUUGUGCGUCCGGACAAUCCCAUGGAUGCCGAAGCGGCCAGUCGCGGCACUACGGUGUAUCUGGUGGACAAGAGGAUCGACAUGCUGCCGCAUCUGCUCGGCACCAACCUGUGCUCGCUGCGGCCGUACGUCGAGAGGCUGGCGUUUAGUGCGGUGUGGGAGAUGACGCCCUCGGCCGAGAUCGUGAAUGUGCGAUUCCACAAGUCGGUCAUCGCGUCCAAGGCCGCUUUUACGUACGAGGAGGCUCAGCUGCGCAAGGACGACGCGUCCAAAAACGACGCCAUCACAAAGUCGAUCCGGCUGCUCAACUCGCUCGCCAAGAAGCUCAAGCAGAAGCGCAUGGAUGCGGGUGCGCUCAACCUCGCCUCUCCCGAGGUGCGCAUCCACCUCGACUCGUCCGAAUCCGCCGGACCCAUCGAUGUCGAACAAAAGGAGAUGCGCGAGACCAAUUCGCUCGUCGAAGAGUUCAUGCUGCUCGCCAACGUCUCGGUGGCCGAGCGGAUUUACGAGGUGUUUCCCAUGACGGCGGUGCUCAGGAGACACAUGCCUCCGCCCCGGACCAACUUUGAGACGCUGCAGGACAUUCUGUUGAAGCGACGCGGGAUGGAGCUGGACGUGUCGAGUUCGGGCGCUUUGGCUGCCUCACUCGAUAAAUGUGUGGAUCCAGCCGAUGGGACGUUCAACACGCUGGUGAGGAUCAUGGCUACGCGGUGCAUGUUGUCUGCCGAGUACUUUUGUUCCGGCAGUGUUGCACGCGAUACAUUCAGUCACUACGGUCUAGCUGCUGGGAUGUACACCCACUUUACGUCACCCAUUCGACGUUAUGCCGACGUGUUGGCGCACCGUCAACUGGCAGCGUCUAUCAACUACGAGCCACUGCAUCCUUCGCUUCACAGCAAGGACUACGUCGACGACAUCCUCAAGGUCGUCAACAAACGCCACCGUAGCGCGCAGCAAGCCGGUCGUGCCAGCGUCGAGUUCUACGUCGGACUCAGCAUUGCCGAACGAAACUCCUCCAGCGGCAAAGAAGGCGGGCUGAAUGCUUCGGCGUACGUGAUUAGGGUUUUCCGAAACGGCAUUGCGGUGUUUGUUAACCAGUUCGGUCUAGAGGGGCUGAUUACCUUCCAGGACGAACUGGAGUUCGACCAGGAGGCGUACCAAGUCACCAUCCCCAAGAGCGUUUCCGGGUUGAAGAGCGAUCGAAAGCUGGGCAUCUUUGACCAGUGCACCGUCAGCAUCGGCGUCACCAAGGACGCCAACACCAAGCGCGGCAAGGUCGCCAUGCAUCUCCUUGAUUAG